CUUGAGUACUUCAGCAACCAACCACUCCAUGACGACUCCAGCUUCCACUCCCUUCGGUGGCCUCGCGCAUGUUCUCGCCCUCUGCGGAGGCGUUCGAUUUGUGGUCAUGUCCCUGGCAAGACCCAAGGACUCAAACUUCAAGAAAGAUGACGGAGAAAAGACCAUUCAGCUUCCUAUCAAGCCGCCCUUCUUGACCAUGGGGUCUUGGAUUCUCGGUUAUGUCGCGCGAGAAAGUCUGAGAUACCUUCCAGCGUCUCUCCCCCAAGUCAAGGUAUCUGAGCUCUUUUCCAUGACCCCCAUGUCGACAUACCUCGCUGGAGUUUCAAUGUGGUGCUUGUCAUGGUCCUUCGCGCUGUCUGCCAUCAGACACCUGAACAAGUACCACACGCCAGUCCCACAUGGUGCAGGAGUAGCGCAGCUGGUUGUAAAGGAUGGGCCCUUCGGUUUCUUCCGUCAUCCUAUCUACAUCGGCAUGCUUGGAUCCUGCACUGCAGUUGCCUUCAUUCUUGACUCUGCGUACAGUGCAAUCAGCCUAGCCUUGACGGCCGGCUACUUGUUCCUCUGGGUGAUGCCUGUCGAAGAAGAAUGGAUGAUGAAGAAGUUCGGAAAGGAGUACAUCGACUACUGCAAACGCGUGAAGAGGCUGCUGAUCAUCUGAACCCCUCCUGCUUUCUCAUCCAGGCAGACUUUUGCCGGAACUGAGGGAUGCAGUGUAAAGUGACGUACUUGCGACAAAGAUUAGGUUAAUAUAGGGAAGCAUCUGCUCCU